AUGAGGGCCAGGGGACUCAGCGAGGCCGCGAUCGGCGCGUUCAAGGGGAACUUCGACCAACUGGUGGCUGGCGCGACUGGCAUGGUUCCUGAGGAAGAGAUUGAGGCGGUGACGGACCUCCCCGACCUGCGCAGCCUCGCCGGCACCAACGGUCACGUGCAGGCCCUGCUCAAGAAGACCGCGGUGCUCAAGCUCAAUGGGGGCCUGGGCACCAGCAUGGGCUUGGAGAAGGCCAAGAGCCUGCUGGAGGUGAAGGACGGCAAGACGUUCCUGGACCUGAUAGCUGAGCAGGUCAAGGUGAUGCGCCAGCAGCAUGGCAGCGACGUCAAGUUUGUCCUGAUGAACAGCUUCUCCACAAGCGAGGACACAAGGGAGUUCCUGGCACGCGCUCACAAAGACCUUCUUCAGGAACCAGACAUUGAGCUGCUGCAAAACAUGUCGCCUAAGGUGGACGCGGCCUCCUUUGCACCUGCUAGCUACCCUCAGGACCCAGAAAUGGAGUGUCCCCCUGGCCACGGCGAUAUCUACCCCUCGCUGCUGGGCAGCGGCAUGCUGGACUCUCUAGCCAGCCAGGGCAUCAAGUACUUGUUUGUGAGCAACAGCGACAACCUGGGAGCCACCUUGGACCUGCAGCUGCUGCAGCACUUUGCCUCCUGUGAGGCAGCCUUCAUGAUGGAGGUCUGUGAGCGCACUGCAGCCGACAAGAAGGGUGGACAUCUGGCGCGCAGGAAGGUGGAUGGCAAAUUGAUGCUGCGCGAGAGCGCCAUGUGCCCCGACGCUGACAAGGCAUCUUUUGAGGACAUCAGCCGUCACAAGUACUUCAACACAAACAAUCUUUGGGUCAAUCUGCCUGCACUCAAGGCGACAUUGGAUGCCAACGGCGGCGUGCUGCCCCUGCCGCUGAUCAAGAACAAGAAGACGGUCAACCCGCGUGACAGCUCCAGCGCGCCAGUGUUCCAGCUGGAGACGGCUAUGGGCAGUGCCAUUGAGUGCUUUGACAGCGCCACUGCGGUGGUGGUGCCGCGCUCGCGCGACCUUUUCGUGCUGCGUUCGGAUGUGUACAUCAUCACGCCUCAAGCGACGGUGGAAGCUGUCUCAGCUCACGUCCCGCUGGUGAAGCUGGACGAUGCCUACUACAAGCUGGUGGACAAGCUGGAGCGCCUCACAAAGGCCGCACCCAGCCUCAGGGCGUGCAAGAGCCUCACAGUCAAGGGGCCUGUGCGGUUCGGCGAGGGUGUUGUGAUCAGUGGCAAGCACACUGUCAAGGAGCCGGAGGUACCCCGGGUAUCGGACGGGGCUCCUGUGCCUGCGUUUGCCUAG